AUGUUGUCUCUUGCACUCUGCAACCCAAACCCACAAUUUCAUCUCCACUCUUACAACAAGAAUAAUCUCUCUAAUUCUCAGUUGAUUAGAUCACAACACCAACCAAAACAAAAUCUAAAACUAGGGUUACCCUUUUCUUCUUCUUCAUUGUCACUCAAUGGCAACCAAAACCCCCUUAAAUUUAACACCAAUAAUAAGAAUCAGUUGAUGAGAAAGAGAAAUGGAAAAUCACUUGGAGCAGUUUGUUACCAGUCAACUGCUUCAUUGUUGGCUCCUCCAAACCUUCAAUGGGUUUGUGUAAUUGCUUCAGCAGUUUUAAUGGUUGUCAAAGGAACUGCAAUUCCAAAAUCAGUUCUUGUUCCUUUGUUUAUCUUACAAGCACCUAGAGAGAUCUUUAAUUGGAUCAAGGGUGAAUAUGGUGUUUGGACAAUUUUCGCGGCUCUUGUCUUUAAACUGUUUUAUUAUAUUCCAUCACAAUUGGAAUUACCCCUUUAUGCAAUGUUGUUUGUGAUUGCUUCUCCUUAUCAAGUAACUAAUCUAAGAGGAACCGAAGCUGGUUCUCUUAUUUCUUUGUGCAUUGCAGGGUUCCUGGCUUUUCAGCAUUUCAGAGGGGUAGGAGAUGUAAAGAAAGGAUUUGAGCAAAAUUCUAUUCUUGCUACUGUUGGUAUUAUCUGUAUCACUCUUGCUCCAUUGUUGCUUUUGGUUGGAUCAAGAGUAUGA